AUGAAAAGGUCAUCAGACGAAUAUGACAAAAUUGAGUUUUUGAUUGCAGCUAAAAUUAUGAAAACGUUUGGUCCUUCAGGCUUUUUUUGUAGUAAAUCUAUAGCUUUAAUGAUGUUUGGUCAUACACAGAUUCAAGCUGCAUUUCGUACUGAUGAAAUUCGAAGGACUCCUCCUACACCGCAAGAUGAGAUGAGAGUGGGAAUGAGCUACUUUCAUGAGACAAUUUGGAAAGGAGUCCCGAAGUUUUUGCGUCGUGUUGACACUGCUCUGAAGAACAUUGGAGUAAAUGAAUGUGUCCCGUAUAAUGCUCCUGUUAUCCAAUUCUCUUCUUGGAUGGGAGGAGAUCGUGACGGCAAUCCAAGGGUAACCCCUGAAGUUACAAGGGAUGUGUGUUUGCUGGCUCGAAUGAUGGCUGCUAAUUUGUACUUCUCUCAAAUAGAGGAUCUCAUGUUUGAGUUGUCUAUGUGGCGUUGCAACGACGAGCUCCGUGUUAAGGUUGAUGAGCUCCAUAGAUCCUCAAAGAGAGAUGCAAAACAUUAUAUUAGUAUGUAUCAUUAUGCUCCAAAUAACAACAUGCUCCGCCUACAACAAAGUGAUGGAGUUCACAAUGACUCUGAGAUUGAUGAUAUUGUGAUGGUGAUGUAG